UAUCGGUAUCGGCCGACCAGCUGUUCGGCGGCGCAUUACGUGAUUUCGUAUUUAUUCAAUUUUGUUAAAUCGUCCAAACUAGGGCAAAAUGAAUCAAGCCGAUGUGACUAAGCUGAUGUCACAGCUGCGCAUCGCAGUCCGGCCCAAUAGGCGCAACCUAAAGAAUGCGGAUGGUCCGGAGGGGCGGCUGCUGAAGCUGCGUAAGACUGUAACGGCGUUGGUGAAGCACGAGCGCAUUGAACUGUUCUACAACCGCGCUGAUGAAGCUCGUGGCUACGCGGAACUGCUCAUUUCCAAUGCUAUCCGCCAUGGGGACCGGCACGCGGCCACCAUGGAACUGGCCGACUACUGGCUGCUGGAGAAGCAACUGGUGCACAAGCUCUUCAAGGUGCUGGUGCCGCGCUAUGAGAACUACAAUGUGUCCUACACUCGCAUGUACAAGGCCCCUCGGGACUAUCCCGGCAUCUACUACAGGCAGUCUGUGCUGGAGCUCCGUGGCAAUCCCUACCCGUCGCUCGUGGCGGAUCACUCACAGAACCGAAAUCUGCUGCACAACGUGCUGCUCGACGAGGCGAGGAAAGAGUUCAGACGUCAGAAGCUGUCCGAGUUAGCUAACUAAUUAGUUUGGAGAUUGGCACGCAGCUUGUCGCUUAGAAUACAGUUAAGACUUAAAAGCCGUUUUAUUAUAAAUGUUUGUAUAUACACAAAUCGAAUUGUUUGAACUUG